CGUUAUAAUUAGUACAGUUUAAAGUUUAUUGGAAUGGCGAAUUCGACACAUUUAAAGAUCACCAGUUUCUGAAGUGAAAAACUAUGGGCAAUGCAAUCAGAUGGAAGAGAAAAAUAACAUUGCCAGUAGUUUUCAUUUCGAUCUAUGGUGCCAUUUACUUAUCUGUUGCCUGGAGAUAUACAUCAACAGUAUUUCAUCCUCGAACAGAGUUUUCUUACAACAAUGAAACUGCUUGCCCAGGAGUUCUAUCUCAUAUGAUGCGAGGAUACUGGAAACCAUAUCCAGCACUUUUACAACGUGAACUACUUCAGAUUUUACAAGAAAAAUUUCUGAUUAGUUACAGGUUAAACAGAGGAAUACCCAGAAAUUUGUCCCGAUCCGAUGGUAAAUGCGGUAAUAUAACAUUUUCUAAUACUAAAUUUGGUGUAUACCGGGCUUUAUGUGAUCCGUCGGGGCCCACUCCGUGCUGUUAUGAAGGUUAUUGCGUUUCUAAAUCGGUUCAAGACUGUAAAUGUGAGGAUUGCUUUGAUGUAAGACAGCGUAUUCAAGCGGAGUCUUCUAUCUGGAUCCCUUCAGAUCAUCGGUGUCAUGUUGAAGAUUUUGAUUCCGAAACCGCGUGUGAUAUAUUGAAGGAUUCUACUAUAUUUUUCAGUGGAAACUCACUUCUCAGACAGAUCUUCAUGGCUUUAACAAUGAUAUUGAGAGGUGAUCUACGACACGCACUUCAAGAACCACAGAAAGUUGUAGAAAUGUGUGAUGGUUUAGACAAUAUGGUGGGUCCCUGUCAAUUUGAAAUGGAGAAGAAACCCGAUGUAUGUAAUGGUCGUGUCAAUAUAACGUUUGUAUAUAAACCACACGCUAGAAAUAUUCAAGAGCCAUUUCGCGCUAUAGACGAAUUAAAACAUAAACCUAAAACAAUGAUAUUUCUGGGCGUAGGUCUACAUGAUCACUAUAAUUAUGAAAAGGUUUAUUUUAAAUAUUGUCGUCGGAUAUUGAAACAUUUCAGAGCACAAAAUGCCAUUUGGCCAAAAUUUCUAUGGGCAAGUACCCAUGCUACUGGACUUUUAAAAAGUCCGCAUAUGCCAUCUCAAUCAUAUAAAUCCGGGCGAUAUUUUAAUGAAUGGUUAAAGCCCCGUUUAGACAAAGAAGGAGUGACUAUAUUUGAUACCUUUAAUAUGACUGAUGGUGUAGUCAGCCCUGAUGGUUGUCAUCAUGGUUUGACUGUGAAUAUGUUGAAGGCCAGAUUUUUUCUACAUUACAUAGCUGAACUACAGAGGAAAGGAGAAUGGUGAAAUCUAAGAAUGUAUAGGCUGGAUAUUAAUGUGCUAAAAAUAUGUUUUAGGGAGUAUGGGUUUCUACCAAACCAAGGAUAUGAGGUCAAAACCAGCCAAACCACAAACUGAACCUUAGUGUCACAACCAUGUCCUGCGAUAAAGUAGAAUAUGUGCCAAGUUGAUAUUUGAACUACAUAUAUGGACAAUUGAUUAUAAAUGUAAGCAUUAUUCCUGCCAGUUCUGUUUAAAAUACUAUGCUUUUGUUUGAGGUAGAUAACUGAGAUUGUAACAUGGAUGGGAAAUCUUUCUUUGUUCUUUUCGUUGAAAAAGCAGAUUGUUUUCCCUCUAGUAGAUUGGGUGGAGCUUAACCGUGCAAUUACUAGACAUGUUCAAUGUUAUUGCACACUUUUGCUGGUUUACACUAGUUUUAGUAGAAAUCAUAUUGAGAAGUGGGGUGGGUUUUCUGUGCAAUAACAAUAAGCAUGUUGAGCAGUUGUCAAUGUUACAAGUCAUUCAUAGCGCGCUUCAUUCAUUAACAAGUUUAACCCCUCGGCCUUUGGCCUCUGGUUAAACCUGUUAACGAAUGAAAACCAUGCUAUAAAUAUAACUUAGCUUAAAUCUGGGAAUACAAAAAGUACUAGUAUAUAUGAAUGAAGAUCUGUUUAUCCUCCCCUUUUCUGUGCACUCAUGUAACAAAGUACUCUAUAACUUUUAUCAAAUUAAACUUGUUGACCUCCAGCUGCUUUGAUAAUAUAUAUAAUAUUGACCUUUUAAUUCUGUAUGCACUGUUCUUAAGUCACGUUUGUCUGUGUCAUUUACGGGCUGCACAUGAUCUGUGUGCAACACUCGGCAGGACUUCAAAGGAAUAUGCACUGGUCAGUAAGCAUGCCAUGAUGAGAUAAAAGAGACAAUUGCAUGUAUGACCAUGUGUCUUAUCUAUUCUUUGGCGCUAUAUAAUGUGGAGUUCACUGACUAACUACAGACGAGGCGGAGAAGAGGGGCUUGGACAAGUGCAUGGACUCACCCGAGUUCAACUGCUGCCCUGGCAGAGGGGCGGAAUGGUAGAGUUAAUAUAGUUAUGUACCGUCCUGAUGAGUUCCUGUAUAUAGUUUAAGUACCUGUAUUGCUGUUGUAAUUAUGUAGAUGUGUUAUAUUCUGUUCCAAUGUAAAUAAACCAU